AUGGCUACAGAUAAGCCGGCGGUGCUGAUUAUCGGCGGCCUGGGCUUCGUCGGCCGACACCUGGCACUCCAUAUUCACAAAAAUAAUCUUGCGUCUGAGCUGCGCAUCGUGGACAAACUUCUCCCACAACUAGCAUGGCUGGCCCCAGAAUUCGAGGAGGCAUGCUCCAAAGAACAAUUCGUGCAGGCUGAUGCCAGCCGCGAGCAAUCAUACCCCCGAAUCUUCGACCGCGCCGACGGCAAACAAUUCGACUAUGUAAUCAACUGCGCCGGCGACCUACGCCUCUCCCAACCCGAGGAAGUAUACCAACUCCGCAACCACGCCAUGUCCAUAGGCCUCGCCAAAGAAGUCUCCAAACGCGGCAUCGCAGUCUACGUCCAAGCCUCGACCUCAUACGUCUACAAAGGCAGCUCCAAGCCCGCCAAGGAAGACGACAAAAAGAAACCGUGGAAUACACUCGCCAAAUGGCAAUUAAAAGUUGAGGAAGAUCUGCCGAGUGUAGAAGGGUUGAAUUGGGUUUCGUUGAGGUUACCGCAUAUAUAUGGUGAAUAUGAUAGGGGUUAUACGGCUGUGGCGAUUUCGUUGGCGAGAACGCACCAGUAUCUCCAGACUGAAUUCGAUCAGUUGGAGAGUAAGGAUUUGAAGCUGAAUACGUUACAUGUCAAGGAUGCGGCGCGUGCUCUGUGGACAGCUGCGGUGUGGCGAGCUGGCCAGAAGGCGAAUCCAACUGCUGGACCACAUAUUUUCAACGUUGUGGAUCACACAAAUACAACCCGCGACCAGAUCGGAGCCGCUCUCGCCGAAGUCUUUGGUCUCAAAGUCACGUUUGCGGGCACAUUCAUGUCCCACCUGGCGCGGCUUAGGUUGAAUGAGAUUGUCGAUGAAAUGAAUGAAGACAUGCUACAGACGUGGGCCGAUAUGUUGGAAGAAAAGGGCAUUACGAGGCCCGGUCCCAUCAGUCCGUUUAUUGAACCUGAUAUGCUCUCGGAUGAUGAUUUGUGUAUCGAUGGAUCGUUGUUCGAGACCACGACAAGCUUUAAGCCGGAGUAUCCUCUGUUUAGUGCUGAUUCUAUAAGAGUGGUUAUAGCUUCCUAUGAACGGAUGGGAUGGUGGCCAUGA